AUGUAUGAGCCCGUGGCGAUUGUAGGGACGGCAUGCCGAUUCCCUGGUGCAGCAAAUUCGCCGUCUAGGCUAUGGGACCUGUUGAAAGAGCCUAGAGAUGUCGUCAAAGAUUUCCCAUUAGAAAGACUUAAUAUGGGAAACUUUUACAACGACAACGGCGAAACGCACGGCCGCACAAAUGUUCAUCACAAAUCAUAUUUACUGGAAGAAGAUGUUCGGCACUUCGAUGCUGCCUUCUUUCGUAUCAACCCCAAGGAGGCGGCUGAUAUGGAUCCUCAGCAGAGGAUGCUCUUGGAGACGGUCUAUGAGUCCUUCGAGUCGGCGGGGUGGUCUCUCAACCAUGUUGACGGUUCGCCAACGUCGGUGCAUGUUGGAGUCAUGACAGACGAUUAUACCCUGAUUUCAUCCCGAGACCCGGAUAUGCUGGGGAGUCACGCGGCUACCGGGUUAUCUCGGGCCAUCUUGUCCAAUCGCAUAUCUUACGCCUUUAAUCUCCAAGGACCGUCCAUGACACUUGACACGGCUUGCUCGAGCUCACUGGUCGCCCUCCACCUUGCCAUUCAAGGCCUUCACUUGGGCGAGGCUGUUCAAGCUGUGGUGGCCGGAACAAAUUUGCUCAUGGACACGAUUUGGUACAUUGCCGAGUCGUCCAUGCACAUGCUUUCUUCAGAUUCUCACUCUCGUAUGUGGGAUAAAGACGCUAGUGGAUAUGCUCGAGGUGAGGGCUGCGCUGCUGUGGUGCUGAAGCCGCUCAGUAAGGCAAUCGCCGAUGGCGACAAUAUAGAGUGUGUUAUCAGAGCAACGGGCGUCAACUCUGAUGGCCGCAGUAACGGAAUCACCAUGCCAACUCCAACAGCACAAGCCGCCCUGAUCCGAGAAACAUAUAGGGUAGCAGGCUUGGACCCCAUGACCGAUAGAUGUCAGUACUUUGAGUGUCAUGGCACCGGCACCCAGGCCGGUGAUCCUGUUGAAGCCCAGGCAAUCAGAGAUGCCUUCUUCCCCAAUGGGCAGCACAAGGAGCAUGACAUUCUUUAUUGUGGCUCCAUCAAGACCAUCAUCGGUCAUCUCGAAGGCUGUGCUGGAUUGGCAGGACUGAUCAAAGCCUCGUUGGCAAUUCAAAACAAAGCGAUCCCUCCCAAUUUGCAUUUCCAUCAGCUCAAUCCGCGAGUUGAACCAUUCUACAAUAACCUGGAAAUACCCACAUCGCUUUUGCCUUGGCCAGAGACACACAGCCAGCCUCGCAGAGCAAGUAUCAACAGCUUCGGCUUCGGCGGGACAAACGCUCAUGCUAUUCUUGAGAGCUACGAGCCUUCUGAUGCCGCAUCUCCAUCCCCCCUUUCGUCAAGUGUACAUACCACUAUGGUCGGGGGAAGGCUGGUUGGACCAUUUGUGUUCUCGGCCAGAACUCCCAGUUCACUGCUCAACUCGCUCAAAAAGCUACUUGGUCACCUGCGUGCAAACUCGUCCCUGGACCUUGACUCUUUGAGCAACAGUCUACACUCCAAGAGAUCGGUGUUCCCGUAUCGAGUUACUAUCCCCUCAGCUUUGGAUCGCGAUGACUUGAUUCAAAGGUUGGAGGACCAAGUCAACACUGUAGCAACAUCGACUCUUAGCCCGCUUGGUGGUGGUGCUGGCGAUGAGCCGAGAAUUCUUGGUGUUUUCACUGGCCAAGGUGCACAAGCGCCCCGGAUGGGCUACGCACUGCUGCAACAUUGCAAACUCUUUCAAGACUCAAUCAGGCAGUGUGACUUGGCGCUCAAAUUGAUCCCAGACCCCCCCGAAUGGUCUUUAGCCGAGGAACUGGCUGCUGAUGCCGCAACAUCACGCGCGUCGCAGGCAAAGUUCUCGCAACCGCUCUGCACAGCCGUCCAAAUUGGUCUCGUUGACCUUUUACGCGCCAGCGGAAUCCGCUUCUGUGCUGUUGUCGGCCAUUCAUCUGGUGAGAUUGGAGCAGCAUACGCGGCAGGACUCCUUACCAGGAGGGAUGCCAUGGGAAUCUCUUACUAUCGAGGCCACGUGGCUCAUCUCGCCCAAGGAAACGGUGGGAGAUCAGGCGGCAUGAUGGCGGUCGCCACGUCCCUUGAUGAUGCCAUGGCGCUAUGCUCUGAGAAGCAAUUCAAAGGCAGAAUCACCAUCGCAGCCAGUAACUCUCCUUCAAGCACAACGCUGUCUGGCGAUGCAGACGCCGUCGUGGAGGCCAAGAGAGUCCUGGAUGAGCGCAACAUCCAAGCCCGAGUUCUUCAGGUCGACACAGCCUACCAUUCACACCAGAUGCUUGCAUGUGUAGACGCUUAUGCAGCCCAUCUCAAACAACUCAAUGUGCGUGUACAGACGCCUGCAAGUGAUGACGACUGUCGCUGGUAUUCCAGUGUAAAGACCAAUACGGAUAUUCUCGCCAACCCUCCAGAGUUUGGGCUGGAGGGCCAGUACUGGCUUGACAACAUGGUGCAACCCGUCUACUUUUCGGAAGCCGUCAAGUCGGCCGUACAAGACGCAUCGACAAAGUUUUCCGCUGCAAUUGAAGUUGGGCCUCAUCCCGCCUUGCGAGGCCCGUUGAAGCAGACCCUGACGCAGUCUAUUGAUUACACUCCACAUUAUGCUCCUUUGCUGAGUCGAGAUGGAGACAGUAUAGAAACAUUCUCAGAGGCACUUGCAGCUCUUUGGACUAUUUCCCCGUCUUCGAUUGACUUUGGUGGAUGGCGAAGAGCGUUUGGCCUUGUAGCCCAGCCGCAGACCAUCAAAAACCUACCACCGUACUCUUGGGAUCACACGCAGAUUCACUGGCGAGAGUCACGCGUGGUUCAGAACUACCGUCUCGGCAAACAACUCCCCCAUGACCUCCUCGGCCGCCUGUGGAAUGAUUCCCAGUAUGAGCAGGUAUGGCGCAACAUCUUCCUGCUCCACGAGAUGCCCUGGCUCAAGGGGCACGUCUUUCAAAACCAGGUUCUGUUCCCCGCGACUGGCUACAUUAGUUUGGCUGUGGAUGCCGCCAAAGCCUUUGUCAAAGGAAGAGCGAUCAAACUGAUCCAAGUAGAGGAUUUGUUGAUCACUACAGCAUUAGCCAUUGGCGAGAGGGACGAGGUCGAGGUCUUGUUCAUCAUUCGCAGUCAUGUCUCGCCCCAGAACGUUGAGGCUGGCUGUGUUUUGGAGGCCGAGUUCGCAUGCUACAGUUAUCCUGAUCAGCGCGAUGCCGACAGAACUUGCCACGGCCGGUUGCGUAUUCACCUCGGCGAAUUCGAGUCGGCAGACUUGGCGCCGGUCUGCAUCUCCGAGGUCAACCUCACCCCGUUCAACAUUGACCGAUUCUAUGGCGCGGCUUCGGAGAUGGGCUUUCAAUAUCAAGGUCCUUUUCGUGGACUGACUUCGCUCAACAGAUGCUGGGGUCACGCCAAGGCAGUUGCCUCGUGGUCUACAGAAGAUCUCAAUAUUGACUGCACGCUGCAUCCUGCCAUUCUAGACGUCGCCCUUCAAGCAGGGCUUUCAACCUUUUUAUCUGCCGCUGAGAACUCCAUGGCCUCCUCUUACCUUCCUGUUGGGAUUAAAAGGGUUGUCGUAAAUCCAAAUGAAAGGUUCCGGGGUCCUAAUCGCUCGACCAACGUUGACAUUGAGGCCUACAUGGUGAGUAGAGGUAUUGGGAAGCUGAUGGAAAUCGACAUCAACCUGCGUGAUCAAAUGAGCCUUCAUGGCGAUGUGUGCGGAAUUCAAAUGGAGGGUGUCAGUUUCAAGGCCAUAUCGGACCCGCAGCCCUCAGACGAUCGGAACAUUCUGGCCAAGACAGUUUGGGGUCUGGAUGUGGCAUAUGGCCUGAUUCAUCCGCUGGCAGAUGCCGUUCCAUUGGGACCACCGCUUUAUACGUUGGAGGAUUACGAACGCGUCGCGCUGUUUUAUCUGCAGUCCUUGGCUCAUUCGGUGAACAAACAGGAAUUGGAGAGACUGAAGCCACAGCAUCAGCAGUUGAUUUACUAUAUCAACGCAAUUAUGACCAAAGUUCGCACAGGCGACCAGUCUCACUUGCGAAGAGAAUGGCUUGAGGACGAUUCAGCUACCAUUGAAGAUGUACUAAGCCGGUAUCCUGGGGAUGUUGACAUGGCAAUGCUGAGGGUGAAUGGGGAAAAGUCCAUCUCUUUGCUGAGAGGGGACUACGAGUCAACAAAUGAAGUAUUUGAGAUGUCGUCAAAGUCCUCCUACCAGGAUACCCAAAGCUUUGUUUUAUGCAUCCAGUUCAUCUCUCAGCUGGUACGUCAAGUCAGUCAUAAAUUUCCCCGGACCAACGUUCUUGAGAUAUGCACUGGCACUGGCAGCGCUGCCGCCAGCGUCUUUGAUGCUAUUGGUGAUGCGUACGAAUCUUACACCUGCGCCGGUUCCUCGGAAACAGUCCUCAGCAGACUCAAGGAGUCUCUGGUUCCGACCGACUUGAACAAAAUUGGCAGCUUCAGACACAUUGAUUUCGAGACGGACCUGACAUCCCAAGAGGACGAUCUGGGGUUGUACGAUGUUGUCAUUGUGACCGGUUUGUUACGUGCAAGCCCAACUCUGGCACAAGUUGUCCAGAACUUGCGACGUGUCUUGCGCCCUGGGGGCUUCUUAAUCUCCAUGGCGCUUACAGGCUCCUCGCUUCGACCAAUUGCUCUCAUGGGCGGAUUAGAGAACUGGUCGAGAGGUUCCAACAGUCGAGUAACAGAUGGAUACGCCGUCAAGACAGGCGACCUCGACAAACUGCUUCACCGAUCGGGGUUCUCGGGUAUUGACUGCAUUUUACACGACCAGCCUGAUUCGCGCAUGCACGGGGUGUCCGUCUUUUCAGCCCAAGCUGUUGACGAUCGCUUCGAAAUCCUACGAGAUCCCCUUCUUGCUAUGGGUAUGAUCCCGCCAAACCCCGUGACAAUCAUUGGAGGUGAGACGAGCCAAGUCUCGAGCCUCAUCAGAGGUAUAGACAAGCUCCUGCGUGCUUGGGCACCAGAAAUCCAGGCCUAUGGGCGGUUCGAUGAAGUGGACAUGUCUCGCAUCCAACCAGCAUCAUCCGUCAUAGUCCUCCAGGAACUUGACAGGCCGCUGUUCUCUUCUUUCCCGACAGAAAAUGAGAUGGAAAAUCUCAAGGAGGUGCUGGGAACUUGCAAAAACACAUUGUGGGUAACAUCGGGCCGUUUGGAGAAUGACCCAUAUGCAAACAUUAUGAUCGGUAUUGGGCGCUCACUCAGGCUUGAGUUGACCCAUGUGAGCCUCCAAUUUCUCGAUUUCGACGCACAGGAUGAGUGGGAUGUACACGCGCUGGUGCGCCAGUUUCUUCGCCUCGUAUUCUCAUCAUCUUCGCCUGACACGACUGAGGGGAUGCUGUGGAAGGAAGAGCCAGAGGUUGUUAUAAAGGAUUCGCACAUGAUUGUGGACCGAAUAGUGGUGAAUGAUGAAUCCAACGAGAUCUACAACUCUGGCCGUCGCCGGGUUGUGAAGCUCGUUGGGCCUGAUGAGCCCAUUGAGACUGCCCAAGAUGCUGAUUCACCCGAAUCCCAACUUGUGUGCAGUCGUGGCAUUGACAUCUUGGAGGGUGAUAUGCCUGUCCAUGUCAAGUUAUCAGUUGCUUUGCACAGCGAGAGCAAGUUCCCUUGCUUUCUCUCCUAUGGCCAGCUGAAAUAUGGACAAGAGACAGUACUGACCUUGUCAAGGAAGGAUGCUUCUAUUGCUUCUAUUGGCAACAACUCCAUUGCCCGCUCAUCCCUUGCUCAGAAUUGCGAUGCGACGACUCUAGUCAACUUGGCAAGCUGCUUGAUUGCAUCACACAUAGUUUCCCGCAUACUAAGCGACGGAACAACCCUUGUUUGCGGUGCAUCUCAAGAACUAGCCAGAGUGACAUCUUCCUUGGCCGCGAGGUCCGGGCGAAAAGUGUUGUUUGUCAAAGUCACUUCAAAACAGCAAAGUGAGAGAGCAGAAUGGAUUUCCAUUCAUCCACACCAAUCGACUCGUAGCAUACACAAGUUGAUUCCUUCUGACACAGCUGCUCUGUUCGAUUUGUCUCAAACGGAUACGAAAGUUGUGUUGCCAUACUUGCCAGCUAGCUGCACUAUACAAGGAUUUGACACCAGAAGCCUCACGCAACAAUCGGUCGAGGAAGCUAUAGAAAUCUAUCAGAUGCAACAGGAUGUCUUCCGCACAGCCUCAACACCCACCAUCGUCGACAUUAAGGACGUACCGCAAAGGCGUAAUGCCAACCCGGGACAUCUCUCUGCCGUGACAAAAUGGGACAGAGAGGCACAAAUUAGUGUAACACGCCAGCCUCUUGACCCAAGCACCCUCAUAUCACCAAACAAAACAUACUUUUUGGUGGGCAUGGCAAGUGACCUCGGUCAAUCUCUGACGUAUUUCCUUGUUCGUGGCGGAGCGCGGUACAUUGUUCUGUCCAGCCGAAAUCCAAAAGAGCAACCCUGGGUAAAGGACCUCAGAAGAGAUGGCAUCGACAUUCGUGUGGUAAAAAUGGAUGUGACAGACCGUUCUCAGGUCCGCGAGACGGUCUCUUUGCUCCGUCGCACCAUGCCGCAGAUUGGUGGUGUCACGAAUGCCGCUUUGGUGCUGGAACCUGGAGUGUUUGCAAAUCUUUCGGCGGAGAGUAUUGGAAAACAGCUCCAGCCCAAGGUCUCUGGCACAGCUCAUCUCGAUGAUGAAUUCAGAACCGACAAGUUGGAUUUCUUCAUGGCUUUUGGGUCCUUGCUGACCGUGUGUGGCAACGCCGGACAGCCAAUGUACCACGCAGGCAAUACAUUUAUGAUGAGCAUGGUAAGGAACCGAAGGCGACGUGGUCUGGCAGCAUCAAUUCUCAACUUUGGGAUGCUGGUAGACGUCGGAUACGUGGCCCGAUCAGAUCGAUCUGGUAGUUCCAACGUUGAGGAAUGGCUCCGCUCCUUUGUUCCAACGGCGUUAUCCGAGGCAGACUUUCACCAUGUCAUACUCCAGGGAAUCGUUGAGGGCAACCCAGCCACUGGGAGUGGUGAGGUCAUCAUGGGCCUCGAAACAUUCACUGAUCGGGGACAGGCCGUAAGGCCAUCAUGGGUUGAUUCAGCUUUGCUGUCCCAUAUGGUGCGCGUUUCCAAAUCCAUUGGAAAAGAAACAAUAGACAAAGCGCCGGCUUCAAACCAGCAGUGGGAGCUGGAUCUGGAAAACUCCAGUUCAGUUGACGAGGCAAUUCCACCCAUCACUGAGUUACUGUCAGCCAAGAUUGAGUCCAUGAUCCACGUUUCGUUGCACUCAAUCCAUCCUGAUGAGCCCUUGUCUCAUCUAGGCAUUGAUUCAAUCAAUGCCAUAGCAAUUCGCAAGUGGUUCCGGGAGAAGAUGGCCGUCGACAUUUCUAUGCUCAAGAUUUUUGGUAGAGACUCGUCUUCUUCUAUUAUUCGAACCGUCGCCGAACAGUAUCUCGACAAGAAGUCGACCAAAAACCCCGAGCCCGCAAAUGUCAAGACACAACCCACACCCCAAGGGGAGGUUCGCCGCGAAUCGGCGACACUGAUGCCCAAAGCAACAUUAACUGGCGAGACACAGCUAAAUACCUCUGCCAUGAGUACUCCUACUACCAACUCUAUCAAGAAUGAAGCAUCACCGACCUCUUACCAGCAAUCAACUACAGAAUCGUCCAUCGUGACGCCAGAGCCUGAGCUAGAAUAUCUUCAAUCAGAAAGAUUGUCAUAUGCACAGUCAGGAUGGUUCUACUUGAACACAAUCUCCGAGAUGCCGUCAUCAUUUAACCUCACCGUAAAGAUUAAUAUCAAGGGUCAGCUGAGUGUUAACAGGUUCAGUCGGGCAUUUGAUGCAACGAUGCUUCAUUAUGACGCGCUUCAAACAUGUUUCCUGGCGACUGCAGAAAGCUCUGAGCCUAGACAGCACGUAAUUAAGAGAAAUCGGCAAUCUCGGCUUACGCUAUUACAUUCAACAGCUGAAACUGGAGCGGCGGACGUCAAGAAGGCAUUCGAGGAAACGGCUAAACAUGAGUACGAUCUUUCGAUAGGAGACACGCUUCACGCCACACUGAUUAGUCAUGGCGAGCAGUCUCAUACUCUGGUUUUGGGAUUCCACAACAUUGCUAUUGACGCAUUCAGUAUGGCUCAUUUGAUGGGUGACAUUGGCCGCGCAUAUCAAUUUGCACCUCUGAGUCCAAAUCCUACGUCAUAUCUCGACUUUACGCGGCAACAAUUCGACGAUAUCCGGAGCGGACGUUUUGUUGACAGCCUUGAAUACUGGAAAAAGCUUCUGAACCCCGCCCCGGAACCUCUUCCAUUGCUCCCCCUUGCAAAAGUCAAAACAAGACGUCGACAACGAGCAUACGGUCAUCACUACAUUGAAACGGUGUUGGACGGCGAUUUAGUGCAACGCAUUGACAAAGUUAUUCGACAUCAACAUGUCACUCCAAUGCAAUUUUACUUGUCCGCUUUACAUGUACUGCUUUGCCGCCUUCUAAACAUUGACGACUUGUGCAUUGGGGUUGUGUUUAACGGUCGUGACCCAACGAGUAAGUUUGGGGGCACCAUUGGGCAUUUGGCCGAUGUCCUACCGCUUCGAUCCAAAGGAGUCUUGGGCAAAUCAUUCUUGAACGUAUUAAAAGAUACGGCCCAGACUCUGCAGGACUGCCUUGACAACGCGAAUAUUCCGUUUGCCGCCAUUGUAGAAAAGAUGCGGCCCGAGACAAGUGAAGGCAAUAUGCCCAUGUUCCAGAUUGCGUAUGAUUACCGGGGAGUUCAGGAGAGCAGAUUGAGCCCCAUGGGAGGUUGUACCUUGACCCUGGGCGAGCUCAACUAUACGACUUUGUACGAUAUGACAGUCGAUGUUCUCCACACCGCCUCUGGGGAUCAUGUACUCAACAUGAGGUUAAGUGAUGAUUUCUACUCCAUUGAAGCCACACAGUUCAUGAUGGAAACCUUUAUCAAUGUACUCGAGACUAUAAGUCAAGAGCCCACGGCUUCUGUCAAGGACUACAAGCUGUUCAGCAACGCUCAGAUACAACAAGCCGCGACUGCUGCCGAAGGAUCAGAGUUGCAGUAUUCAUGGCCCAAUUCGCUAUGUGAAAGAUUUUAUCAGGUCGCUACCAGCUUCCCAAAGUCGGUUGCGGUCAAGCACGGUAGCGAAACCAUCACCUACUGCCAAUUGAGGGCAAAGGCAGGUCUUUACGCCAGGAUUUUGAUCGAAGCGAACAUUACCAAGGGAUCUCGGGUUGCUGUUCACUGUGAACCAAGCAUUGAGUUUUACGCAGUCAUGUUGGCAGUUUUCCAUGUUGGGGCUGUCUUCGUUCCCCUUGAUGUCAGCUUACCUGCUGCAAGACGUAAAACCAUAUUGAGAGCAUGUAACCCGGACGUCCUCGUCUUUCACAGAGCAACCGCAGAGAGCGCAAUCGUAGAGACUGCAGACCAUGUCAUAAAGUCAUUCGAUAUCACGAAACUCGCCCAGGAUCGCCAACAGGAUUCUCCUAUUCCCAAGCGUGUCCCUUGCGAGGCAGAAUCCGAUAGCUGUAUUCUAUUCACAAGCGGUUCGACCGGCGCACCCAAGGGCAUUAGACUCCAUCAAAGGGCCUUGAUGACGUACGCAGAGUUUGCGAGCAGAACCCACGGCUUCGGACAGAUUACGGUUUUGCAACAAACAUCAUUUGGCUUUGACUUGUCUCUGGCUCAAAUUUACAGCGCCUUCACCAACGGCGGGAUGCUCGUGGUUGCGCCCGUCGAAGCUCGAGGGGAUCCGGACAUGCUUUCAAGGCUCAUGGUGGAUGAGAAGAUUGAGUACACAAUGUGCACCCCUUCCGAGUAUGGCUUGCUUCUUACAUAUGCCGACGCUGCCCUACGACAAUGCCGCUCUUGGCGCUUUGCAGGAACAGCCGGAGAGGCUCUCCCCCAGCUCGUGGUUGAUGGCAUACGAGGUUUGAAAUUGCCCAAUCUGACCCUGACCGACUGCUACGGUCCUACCGAGGCUUUCAUUGUGACAUGUCGAGAUAUACCGGUGAGGGCUGCUGCUAGCUACGAUAAGAGCGAGGACCAGAACGGAUCCGUCGGCCACGCCCUUCCAAACACAUCGAUUUACAUCACCAGUGAGCAUGAUGGGAGCUUGCUGCCUCAAGGCAUGGCGGGCGAAAUAUGCAUUGGCGGCGCAGGGGUCGCUAAUGGCUAUCUCAGCCCUGAGAUGAGUGACGCCAAGUUCGUCAAGAACCCAUUUGCCACUGCUAAGCAAGUAGAUGCAAGAUUUAGCACCAUGUACAAGUCUGGUGAUCGGGGCAUUCUCCAUCCAGACGGGUCAGUCAUCUUUCUUGGGAGGACUCGGGGCGGCAAUGCAGUCGUCAAGUUGCGAGGUCUGCGCGUUGACCUUGGAGAAGUCGCUGGCGCAGUCUUGGAGGCAGCACCAAACGACUUGAUCAACGCAGCCGUGACUGUUCGGGGCGAUGCGCAACUCCUCGUCUGCCACGUCGUCUUUAGACACGGCAAGACUUUGAGCAACGAGCAGCUUACUCAACUUGUCCGCACGAUGACGCUGCCACGCUACAUGAUUCCAUCGGCCAUUGUGCCCCUGGAGCGUUUGCCAAUGACACCGAAUGGAAAACUGGAUACGGCAGCUCUAGAGGCCUUGCCGCUCCCUCUACUCUCAAGACAAGAACAAGGUGAAGCCGACAUGACGGAAACGGAGGCUAUUCUUCGCAACCUGUGGAUUAAUAUUAUUGGCGAAGUGGCAGAGUCGGCCGACAUCGGCCCAAGCUCUAGUUUCUUCUUGAUAGGAGGAAAUUCUUUGCAUCUAGUUCACUUGCAGUAUGCUAUCAGGGCCAGGAUAGGUGUCAAGGUGCAUUUAAGAAUUUUAGAGCAGGCGGUAGAUUUGAGAGCUAUGGCGAAUAUAGUUGACAAGACAAGCCGGGCUUGUUUUGUGGCCACAUAA